CUUGCCACAAACCACGACGACGUCGCCUUACAAACAACAGCCAAACCUGCUUGCGUCCUUCAACUUAUGAUUCUUCCCCUUCCAAUACUGGUACCACUGAUCAGCACAAUUAUCUUCGCACCACUUGUUUGCGCCCUCGUCGACACAGACCGACCUCCUUAGGACCAGCUUGGACCCACGAAUUCGCUUUAAACUCUUUCUCUUCACCCAUGGGAUAAUUUGAAUAUCUCUUUCCAACCUGGUUGCCCGCCCAACUCGCCCGCCUCUAGAUCAGUACAACUCCACUCCCUCAGCAUCACCCAGAAAAAUACAGAAAACAAACUAAAAGCAUCGACUACCAAGAUGAUCAACGCGCUCAAGAAUCCCUCUUUCUUCCGCCCCAUGAGCAGGCCAUCGUCGCCCGCUCCCGCCCCUGUUCCCGUCCAAGCCGAAAUGGCUUUGAGCGACAAACCUGCUCACCCCCUUAACAAACUAUCACUAAACAACUUCCGUCGCCCAUCCCCCGCCCCAACUCCUGUGCCUGCUGCAACCCCUUCACUCAUUCAGGACGGGACCUAUCUAGAGAUGCUCAGUCUGAAGUUCAGCGAGGCGGUGUCCAAGGCUCUGGCCCAACCGACGGGCCCGGCCAACCCAGGUGACUUGCUGUCAGGAAAACGCCCACUACCUGCUGGCAGGGGUUCCACGCUUGGGGCGGUGAUUGCUAGUGAGCUGAACGCAGCGCGGGGCAACGCGCAUCUCCAUCGAGCAAUCAUCAGAUCCCUCCACCGCCCACUCUCUGUUCUGCUCAGCAAUCUCUCCUCCAUUCUUCUCCCCUUGCUGGCUUCGCCUGCCUUCCUUACACCCAAGGCGCCGACACCACAGCUUCCAAAUCCAAAUGCAACACAGAUUCAUGCCCUUGGCAUUGCCAAGUUUGCAGAAGAACUCUUGGACGUCUUCGACAGAUUAGAACUUGGAACCGAUAGUGACCCUAGAGGGGACGGUCUGAAGGCCGUCCGCGAAGGGCUAGUGUCCUUGAUUAACAAGGUUACGACGCCUUUGAUCAUGGGCAUCCGCAACGAGCUAGUCGCGCUCGUGGAAGCCCUCGAAGUCCCGGCCAGGAUUACUCUAGCCCCCAAAUCAACAGUGGUCUACCACCCAUCCAUCACCACACUACAGACGGUCAUGCCCUUGUACGCAAAGGCAUUGGCCAGAUAUGCGUCUUCUACCUUCGCUCAGUCUACCUUGGCUAGUCUUCUCAUUUUGGUCUUGUUCAAGGGGAUGGUUGCGCUUGCACAUAGACCCGACUUUGGUCCAUCGCACCCCCCGUCUCCCGUUGUGAUGUCACAGCCUGCCAGCAGGAAGCGCAGGGGAUCCCCUUCCUCUUCUACCACCCCUCCUACCACCCCACCAGCAUCGCGUUUCAUGCUCAAAUUACCCCCUUCUCGCCCUCCUUCGCCGACUGGUGGAGGUGGCGCUGGAUCGGUCGCGGCUGAUUGUCGCGCUCUUUUCCAACUGGUCAACACUCUUCCACGACCUUCGGCCGAUAAACAGACCACCAGGUUGGCUCGAGAAGCUGUAGAUGAGGCGUUCGAAGGCCUUCAAGCCUUGGGCGUCUUCCUGGAUGGUCUCCAAAAGAUGGAUGGAAAAUCUGUCACGGACGUUGUCGCCGAGUUGCAGACGUUGACUCGUGAAAUUCCGACGUUGAUCGCUUUACCACCACUUCUUCGCAUGUUCUGUCCCCGGGAUGCUGCAACGGUAUCUGGGAUGUUGGGUCUCUCUGAGGAGGAGUAUAGAAGAGGGAUCCUUACUGGGUUUGGUCGGGCCGAGGAUACCUCCAAGGUUCGCCAGAAGUGA